GGGUAGUUUCUCUUCAUGUUAUACAUGUCAUGUUAUCAAUGUCACAUUUACUUGUUGUAUUUUCCAUGUAAUACAGUUGUAAAUUUCAUUAAAAUAAAAAACAUUAACCCUAAGUCGGUUCACACUGUUGUUUUUAUUUAUGAAUAGGAAUGUUUUGAGAUAUAUUACGUGCUUAUACUCAUGGACACAUUGUACUAGUUUUGGCAUUCUAUGUACAGUGUGAUCAAUUUGAUCUUUCCACUUGGCAACUAAACUUCACAUAACUGUAAUGUUGUGGAACAAUAUAUUAUUUAUUUAUUUUUCAAUAUGACAGUGUCGUUUAUCUAUGUUAUUUUGCCAUUGAAUCAUGAUUUAACCAUCUAUUAUUUGCUAUUUCAGAUAUAAGUGUUUCUGGUAUUUCGAUCAAAGAAGAAAUAACUGAUGAAACUGUACCAUCUUUUCCCAUGACUGAUAUCAAAGAAGAAAAACAAACGGAGGUCUAUUACGGUGGAACUAUUCAUGUGAAGAAGGAAGAAGAGUUGCUUAUCCCGGACGAAGGGAUACAGGAUUCACUGCACCAGACCAAGGAGAUCAAACAGGAUGGUUUGGAAUCAAUGGUUCACAUCAACUCGAAGGAAUGUCUAAUGUCUAAUACAGCUGAGAACUCUCAUAAAUGUCCUCAUUGCGAAUAUAGAGCUUCAGAUAAAAGUCUUAUAAAAAGACAUAUAAUGGCUUAUCGUACAGGUGAGAAGCCUCAUAAAUGUUCUCUUUGUGAAUAUGAAACAGCCAUAGCUACUCAUUUAAAAGAUCAUUUAUUGGCCCAUCACAUAGGUUAUAAACCUCACCGAUGUCCACAUUGCAAUUAUAGAGCAACUCAAAUUGGUACUUUGAAAAGGCAUAUUAGGUGUCUGCAUAUAGGUGAUAAACCUCACAGGUGUCCUCAAUGUGACUAUAGAGCAGCAGAGGCGAGUGACUUAAAAAAACAUAUAAUAGCCCGUCAUACAGGUGAGAAGCCCUUUAAAUGUCCUCAUUGCAAAUUCGAAACAGCAAAAUCUAGUAAUUUAAAACGUCAUGUAGUGUCUUAUCACACAGAUGAAAACCUUUACCGUUGUCCACGUUGUGACUUUAAAACAGCUGAAAUGAGUGAAUUGAAACUACAUUUAAUGUCUUAUCAUGUUGGUGAGAAGCCUCAUAAAUGUCAUCAUUGUGACUAUAAAGCAGCACGAAUUGGUACUUUGAGAAAACACAUAUUGUCUCGUCAUAUAAAUGGGAAGCCUCGUAAGUGUCCUCAUUGUGAAUUUGAAACAACAUUAGCUAUUUCUUUAAAAAGUCAUAUAAAAGAUUGCCACAGAGAUGAAAAACCCCAUGAAUGUCCUCAUUGUGACUAUAAAACAACUCAAAUAGGUACUUUGAAAAGACAUAUAACAUAUCGUCAUACAGGGGAGAAGCCACAUAACUGUCCCCAUUGUGAUUAUAGAACAGUUGAAGUAAGUUGUUUAAAAAAUCAUAUUAUGGCUCAUCAUACAGACGAGAGGCCUCAUAAAUGUCCUCAUUGUGACUAUAAAGCAGUAAAAAAAAGUACAUUAAACAUUCAUAUAAGAGCGACUCACAGUGGCGAGAGGUUAUAUCAAUGUUCUCAUUGCAAUUAUAGUGCAACUCUAAUUGGUACUUUGAAAAGUCAUAUUAGGUCUCUACAUAUUGGUGAAAAAUUUCAUCUAUGUCCAUAUUGCAAUUACAGAGCAGCUCAAAUUGGUACUUUGAAAAGACAUAUAAGGUGUCUUCAUAUAGGUGAGAAGCCUCAUAUGUGUUCUCAGUGUGACCAUAGAACAGCAGAAGCAAGUGACUUAAAAAAACAUAUAAUGGCCUGUCAUAUAUAUGAGAAACCUCGUAAGUGUCCUCAUUGUGAAUAUGAAACAACGGUAGCUAUUUCUUUAAAAAGUCAUAUAAGAGACAGUCAUGUGGAUGAAAAAUCUCACGAAUGUCCUCAUUGUGAAUAUAAAGCAACUCAAAUCGGUACUUUAAAAAGGCAUAUAACGUAUCGUCAUACAGGUGAGAAGCCUCAUAAAUGUCUCCAUUGUGACUAUAGAACAGUUGAAGUAAAUUGUUUAAAAAAUCACAUUAUGGCUCAUCAUACAGACGAGAGGCCUCAUAAAUGUCCUCAUUGUGUUUAUAAAGCAGUUAGAAAAAGUACUUUAAACAUUCAUAUAAGGCUUCGUCACAAGGGAGAGAAGUUUCAUCAAUGUCCCCAUUGCCAAUAUAAGGCUAUGGUAAUUACUAAUUUAAGAAAUCAUAUAACAACUUACCAUUCAGGCUCAUAAAUGUCCACAUUGAUGCUACUGAGUGGAUCAAAUAAGUACUUUAAAGGAUCACAUAAUGGUCCUUCUUACAGAAAAGAAACAUCAUAAGUGGCAAUGAGUGCUUUAAAAAAAAUAAAAUAUGUAAUGCACUACAAUAGGGAUGAAAAGCCUCGUAAAUAUGCCCAAUGCGAUUAUGGAAAAAUGAGAAAUGUGGUAUAAAGGAACAUAUAGCAAUUAAUUUGUUAAUGAUCACAUUAUGAGUAUAAAACUGUAGCAGCUUGUAAUUUAAAAGUGCAUAUGAUGGUCCAUCUUACAAAUGAGAAGCCUAAUCCAUCUCAUUAUGUGACUAUGAUACCAUGGAAGCUUUCAAACAUCAUGGAGGGCUUAUCAACAUCAUCAUUGUGGCUAUAAAAUAAUAAAAAUAGUUAUACUAAUCAACUUUUAAUCGACCAUUGUCAGUAUGAAGAAUACUUUUUUUUGUGGGGAGGAAGGGAGAGAGAUGAGGGUGCGUAUUCUGGCAACCUGAUAAACCAAAGAUUCCAAGUUUGAAUCCAGUGCCGAAGGAAUGCAACUCUGGCAUUAAUUUCCCACUUUCUCUCUUGCUCUGAAAAUAAUUCUGUAUAGUCAAAAAAAGUCGAAGAAGAAGGGAAGAAAAAGAAAAAAAAAGAAACAAAAUGAAUAACACUUCUGAUUACCAUUAUCGAUAUCCAGAAGUCCAUUUGAUAAUCAAUGGAGAGUUAAAAGGAGCUGAAACAAGGUUUUUAACUCUUAGAAAAAGUUAAUUGCCCGUUUGUUUAUAGAUAAAAGUAAAUUGAUACAUCAGCCCUCUCUAGUUUUUUAAAAGAAACGGAGGCUUUUUUUAUCUUAUUGCUUAUUUUACCAUCAAAAAUGUUCAAUAUUUCUACCAUUCUGCUUUGAGUCUCAUAUUUGUCAACAGCUAUUUUUAUUGGUUUAUUUUAUUUUUUUCUAUUGUUGAUUUAUUUAAUGAAAUAAAUAAUUUAAUUUAUU